CUUUAAGUUAAAACCUUAUAUUCAUAAACCCUCAGUAGAAUAGUUCGCAAAUUAUAUUUGUGAUAUCUAAGUAUUUACCUACAUAUAUUUAGCGUUCAUUUUUCUCUUUACAGGGGCCGAGCUCGUGAAAAGGUUGCGGAUCCACAUAAUUUAGAAGAACGCUUCUAUAAAUGGGGUGUUAGACCGGAAUGGUUACAACCACAAAGGAUCAUCGACCACAGAACUGGUAGAGGAGGUCAAACCUGGUAUCUAGUUAAAUGGCGUGAUUUACCAUAUGAUGAGUGCACAUGGGAAGCACGAGACGGUGAAGUUGUUGAUAUGGAUAAAUUCAUUGAAGAAUAUCGUACAAUGCGUAAGGUCUUCAUGGGACAUUUGUGCAGCACCGUAGGUCCUGAUGGUUCAUUGUCGGUUGUCAGUUUGUGCAAAAGACACAAACCUGGUCGUCGUUCUUCAAAAGAGCUGGCUGCUGAAAAUUUAAGUCCUGAAUUACUUCGUAAACUGCCACCUGAUAAAUGUUUGACAGAUUUAAAGAAACAAUACACUUCUCAACCAAGUUUUCUUGAUGAAACCGAUGGACAGUUACAUGAAUACCAAUUGGAAGGUGUCAAUUGGCUUAGGUUUUCCUUCGGUAACAAAAUCGACACAAUCUUAGCUGAUGAAAUGGGUUUGGGAAAAACGAUCCAAACAAUUGCUUUCCUUUAUUCCCUUUACAAGGAAGGUCAUUGUCGCGGCCCAUUCCUUGUUGCCGCUCCACUCUCAACAAUUAUUAACUGGGAGCGUGAAUUCGAGUUUUGGGCUCCAGAUCUUUAUGUAGUCUCUUACAUCGGCGAUAAAGACUCACGAACAGUUAUAAGAGAGCACGAAUUCUCAUUCGAUGAGGGUGCUGUCCGUGGUGGUGCUAAAGCUAUGAAAAUGAGAACCGGCACUUCAGUCAGAUUUCACGUACUUUUAACAAGUUAUGAGUUAAUUAGUAUUGACCAAGCUUUACUAGGCUCCAUAGACUGGGAAGUUCUUGUCGUAGAUGAGGCUCAUCGACUAAAAAAUAAUCAGUCAAAGUUUUUCCGUAUCUUGACAACCUAUAAGAUUGGAUAUAAGUUAUUGUUAACAGGAACUCCUCUUCAAAAUAAUUUAGAAGAACUUUUCCACCUACUACAUUUUAUGACCCCUGAAAAAUUCAACGAUAUGCAAGGAUUCUUAGAUGAGUUCGCUGAUAUAUCAAAAGAAGAACAAGUAAAGAAACUUCAUGAUAUGCUUGGUCAACACUUACUUAGGCGUCUUAAGGCUGAUGUGUUACAGGAUAUGCCGUCUAAAGGUGAAUUCAUCGUCAGAGUAGAGCUUAGUCCUAUGCAAAAGUGAGUCACAUCGUAUGUUUAGUUUUUUUUAUCAUUCCCAUCCUUUUUUUCGUUACCAUUUUAUGCAUUCUGUGAUAUGUGGGCUUUAAAUCAAGAGUUUAGUAGUUACCAACCUGAAUAACCUUACUUCAUUACGAAAGCUACAGCUGUAUUGCAGAUUUCCUAUUGGAUUUCUCUUAUAGCCCUUUGUUCACAUUAACGUGAUACAGCUGAACAAUCAAAUGGACGUUCUUAUAAUAGGGUUUAAUUACACCUGUUGGGCUGCCACCACAGUAAAUGGGAUAUAUUUAGUUAUGAUUUAUAUUAAUUAAAAUCAUGCUUAAAUGUUUCCGAGAUAAUGCGCUAUUCAUCCAAAUUUAUAUAGAUUUAUUUAUUCAGAGAUUUGCUUUUCGACUUAGAGUACGUUAAUGACAAAGUUUCGUUGCGUGAAGACCCCAACGUAAUCCGAAGCCUUCUAAAUGACCUGAGUAACCGUGCAAGCAUUACUCUCCAGUUAACCUUAAUAUGGUGUUUCGUGUUUAGUCCGGAUCGAUCAGUUCAUUUACAUUGGAAGUCUCAUCACUUCUAGUCGAAUGGUAUGUAGGAUUUAAUUUGUCCUACAGAUAUUCUACUAGAGCUGUAAACGCAAUACUGGUGACCCCAGAGUUUAUGUGAAAGCUAUAGUCAGAACAAGGACGUCAGUCAGUCAGUAACAACGUAGAACUUCGUACGUACGUACGUCAGUUCGAGUUGCCACACCACAUUAGCACAGAGAUGCAGUGGUCGAUUCAAAUCAAGGACGACUUGGCUUUAAGCUUUAUCUGUUUCUAAACGUAAAAAUAACAAUCUGAUUAGUACAAUAUUUAAAGGAAUUAUAGCCAUCAGAUGAAACGCACAAACAUACCGAUCAGUUUUACGUGUCUUAUCGAAAUGAGAAAAAGAAGAUUCACACUAAUAUAAAAGGAUAAUAAUGUCCUUUAAUUGUCAGGUUACAUGCAACAGGGAUAGUCUACAGUCACAUCAGAUCAGAUUGACGUUGUGGACGCUUAAGCAACGAUUUGAUUAGUUAGUUAUGGAGCAUUGCGGACGAUUUUAAACCAUAUCAUUCAGUCUUCAACCAUUGGUUACAAUAAUCACGCGGACCCCAACUAGGUAAUCUGCACCCACGUAUAUGACUCAGUUCAAUGCUCACUGUCUUCAUGGACUGAUGACAUAUCUUAUCUUGGUCUCUUUCAACAAAGUCGUACACCAACCGUCAUCACGCGUCUAGUUGAUGGUUGGGCCUACGUGAUGCAUAUCCUAAGUAGCUCAGUUGAUAAAAACUCACUACCUCAUCAGUCGAUUUGCCAUACCCACAUUGUACUCUGGGUUUAACCUCAGAAUCGCCAAGUCGAUGGUUUUAAAAUAUACGAGCAAUGGUCCGAAAACACCUAUGAUCUAAUACUAGUAACCUGCGAAUAUCCUGUAUUUUUAAAGCCCAUUUUUCACCCGUAAAGUUAAACGGAGCGAACUACUGUAUAAUGGAAUCAUUCUUUGGUUGGUAAACGGAUAUCUCUACACCACAAAUGACGCAGGUUGGCAAAAGCUAAUCGGGCUUUCUGGGUUCAUGCUGAUACUUCGUCAAAAACCAGGUCAUCGGGAUUGAUGAGACUGUGAAGAUAAGUGGAACGGUCAACGCACUCUACUAUUUCACUCUCUACUAUUACUUCAGGUAUUGAGGCAGACCAAUCCUAAAGUAAUACUUUACAUUUAGAGGGAUAAAAACGCGUUACAAGCAUGCUAGUAUUAUUGCUUAGUUUGGUUAGAGCAUUGCAUCUUCUCAGCGUCUUCACCAAACAGGACUAUGUCAUCUGCGUAUUAUAAGUCAACAAUAAAAUCUCCUGGAAGAUCAGUUAUUGAUAAGUUAAACAGUGAGCGUUAUUUCUAAAAGAAUGUCUAUGACAGAGUUAUAUAAGAAUGGGGAAUGUGAACAACCCUGACAAGAAACACUUAAAGUAACCUAUGACAGUUCUCCAUAAGCUCUGACUCAGCCAGCAAUCUUCCUGGAGAGUCUGCAUAAUGGUAUUGUUCUACUUUGGUACGUAUUUCAAUAACAUACUGCUACAAAACAUUACAAUCAGCGGAGUCAAAUGCCAUCUUAAGGUAAAGAAACACAACUACAGUCAGACGUUAGAUAAACUGAUUCCGCUGUGAUUGUCGCAAGGGAAUUUCUGUCCUCAUAAAAACUGGGACGGUAAGUGAUCGAGACCAGUCAGAUGAGAUUACAUGCCUUUCCCAGAUUCCAGCUAAUAUCUCAGUUAAUGGAACUCCUAAAACUGGACCAGCAUCUUUAAAGAUCACUGGUUAUCCCAUUAGGGCCUACUGGUCUCCCUCACUUUAGGUUAUAAAUUUUCGUACUUUGUUAAGUUUCGGUGACUUAUGUUGAAGGGUAGUUGGAAAGUAGUUAAACUGUUCCUCUAAUUGUUCUACCUAUCGUCUCAGUCUCCUGGGUCUUGAAUAAAUCACUGUUUCAUCUUUUUAGAGAAUAAUCUCACUACCGAAUUUUUAGUAACUUUCUUUGAUGUCUAAAAAGUUGUUCACUGCUGCCUAUCUCCACCGCCCUUUCCAUUGCUUUUGCUUUAGCUCCCCACUACUCACGAUCUGUAGGUAAAAUUUUAUUAGUCUGUGUCCAGGUUGUCUUCGCUCUUUGUGUUCAGAGCCGAACCGCAUGACUAUUCGAUAUUGACUUUAUUAGGUAGGUAUUAAUAUUAUAUAUCCUAGUCUAUGAAAAGCUGGGAUUGAUUGUAAUUGAAGUUAGACAGCCGAUGAGUUCAGGUCACUAAUAUUAUGAUCUUCAUGCCAGAACGAAAAGCAGCACUAUUGUUGGUAAAAUUACUAAUUUUCUCAUCUUAUUGCACAGUGGCAAUUGAUAUAAAUACUAAAACACAGACGUCCAAAAAGCGUUAAUUUAAUCUAUCUUAUGAUGAUAAUGAAACAAUAUAUGAGAUUAAUAGAUUACACAUUGUUCUCUUUUCAUAUAAAAAGGCGUUACUAUAAAUUUAUACUUACUCGUAACUUCGAGGCUCUGAGCUGUCGCAGUGGAGGUUCUCAAGUUUCUCUUAUCAAUAUUAUGAUGGACCUCAAGAAGUGUUGCAAUCACCCUUUCCUUUUUCCUUCUGCGGCUGAGGAGGCACAGCGUAUGCCCAAUGGUGCUUAUGAAGGUGUCGGAUUACGGAAAGGCUCUGGGAAACUGGAACUUAUGAGCAAAAUGCUACGCAAACUGUAUGAAACAAAACAUCGUGUGCUGAUUUUCUCUCAAAUGACUAAGAUGCUAGACCUCUUAGAGGACUUCUUAGAUUCUGAAGGUUAUAAAUUUGAAAGGAUCGAUGGUGCGGUUACAGGACAGCUUCGUCAAGAUGCUAUAGAUCGUUUUAAUGCCCCUGAUUCUCUUUCCUUCGCGUUUUUAUUAUCCACCAGGGCAGGAGGUCUAGGCAUAAAUUUAGCUUCCGCAGAUACAGUCAUCAUAUAUGAUUCGGAUUGGAACCCACAUAAUGACAUCCAAGCAUUUUCUCGUGCUCAUCGUAUCGGUCAGUCCAAUAAAGUAAGCUUACUAUUUCAAAACUAUUUAAAACUCCUCAGAUUCCACUUAGUAAUCUGUAUCUGUUCUCUUUACAGCUCUGUUAUAUUUUUUGGAUUAAUAGUAACCUGCAGCCCACGCCUAGUUUUUGUAUAUUUUGUACUGAAAUUGGUAUGCUAAGUGUACUUUUUCAUUUUAUCUAAUUGGUAAAAUAAUUCUGCAAAUAUGCGUUUUGUAUUUGAUGGACUAAAUAAGAAAUAAAACAUCAGGGUCACAAACUCCCCAUAUCGUAUUAAGUUAAAAAUUUACUAAAGGUUUGUAGAUUUAAAUAUUUACCAAUUGAUUUUAAUGUGUAUAAAAUUGUAUUAUGAUGGUUCAUUUUCAACUGCUGAUGCACAAUGUUUCGUGUUUAGUUGGUUACAACGUUAUCAUUCAACAUUUAGAAACAUUUUCGCUUACUUUUUCAGUAGACUGUGUUUAUAUAUUUGGGCACAUUAUUUCACCACUUGUCGGAUCACUGUAUACUGUUGUUUUCGAUCCAUUAGUCGUGAAAAUAACUUUAUUUGUCUAUCUAGGUUAUGAUUUAUCGGUUCGUCACUCGUGGUACAGUUGAAGAACGUGUUACACAAGUUGCUAAAAAGAAAAUGAUGCUGACUCAUUUAGUUGUUCGUCCUGGUUUAGGCGGUAAAGGUUCGUGUCAAAUGUCCAAAAAAGAACUGGAUGAUAUUCUUAAAUUUGGGACUGAAGAUCUGUUCAAGGAAGGGGAGGAAAGCAGUAAGUUUUCUGUUAUUCUAAUAAACCAGUAAGUAAUCCGAAUAAGUCAAGUAAACUAGCUGUUUCUCAUUCUCUCCCACUCACUCUUGGACUCAAUAAGUAACGCUCGAUAUCGCAGCUGUUAGGGGCUAUGUCUCAGAAGCCAAUAAAUCAAGAUGGCACCUCCAACUUGAUGGUGGUCUCUAUUGAAAUCAAUCAAUUAUAGCCAACGUAGAACUUGCUAUGGAUGUAUAUCGGUCCAUGUUGCACACCACAUUGGGACAGCGAGAUAGAAUUAUCAAGAUGUUAUGAUCUCUUAUUACGACCCAGCUAAUAAUCUUGGACACUACUUCACUCAUCAAGUCCCCAAAUCAGAAAACAGUUGAACAGGAACCCAAUUGUAUUCCAAAUAAACAAGGUUGAAUGGAAGUAGGAAUGACAAUAAGAAAACCUUCGGUAUAUUUAUAGUUUACACCAGAAGAUUCUAUAGCUUUCUCCUAGUAUCCGCUAGCGCUGAUUGGCCGAGAAAGACCGCAACACAAUCCUAUACGGAACAUGCUUUAACCCUAUCUAUAUCUCGCUAACACAGGAUGAGUAUGAACAGAGUAGAAAAAGUGAACUCCAAAAUUAAAAAAGUAUAAAAUAAUUCAGAAAAUCAGGAAUUAAUAGAUAAAAUAUAAGUGCAUCCGCCCAUUAGCAAUGUUUCUAGGUCACGCCACUCAACCUGACGCUUAUCCUGUAUGCAACUUUUCAUAUAUUUUACUAAAAUCAGCAAUCUUUUCAAACUAAACCACCAGCUUUCGUAAUACUAUAUUCACACAUAGUUACACUUCGUUAAUACUUUUGUUAUUUAUCCGCGUUAGUGGAAGAUGAACACACUAUCGUUUAUGAUGAUGCUGCUAUUGAGCGUUUAUUGGAUCGUAGCCAGCAGGGGUUAGAAGAAAAAGCUUUAGAAAUGAACGACUACCUAACCUCCUUCAAAGUUGCUCAUUAUGAAAAGAAAGGAGUUAUUGAAGAAGAAGAUGAUGAAUCGGAAGAUGAAGAUGAAAAUCGUGAAAUGACAUUAUAUAUAUUUUUCGUUUAAAACAGGUUAUAUUUUCACAUAUAUGGAAAAUAUAUUAUAAUCGGGUCUACGUAGACCGAAAUCAACAGCUCGACGUCCACUUAUAUAGCUUAUCUGUUAAGUACUGCAGUCGAUGUAACUGAUAUGUGGGUUCAUGUUUGUAUUUCAUUGGGAGGAUAUCAAGUCACAUCAAUUAUUAUCCCGAAAUGUAGCACGAAAUAAAGUAGGUUGCUGACUGCAAAAAGGUUCAAACCUUGCAUUAUUUACACUGUGAUCACCAGGUUAUCAAUAAAUGCCUGAACAAUCCUUUCCGUCUAGCCUUAACCUAAUAUAUUCUUCUCAUGAGAAAAGAACAUAUGGUUGGAGACUCUGGGUAACGCGGCUCAGAAUCGACCACAAUGGCGUCGGUGUAUACAUUCUUUGUUUUCCCUUAAGCCGUAAGAUUCAAAUUGCUUUAUAUCUUUCUUUCUAUGUACUAAUUCUUUCUUCCUGUACUAUAUCCUUAUUCACACUUUCUUUUAUACAUUACUACUAUUCAAGUGAUUAUUUCUAUGAAUUUGGCGUUCAUCUUGUGCUAAUGAGGUGUGGCAACUUGGACCGAUGCAUAUAUGUGCCUGGUCCUACGUUGUAGCUGAUUGAUAUUCUUCUCAUCCAACUUUAUUUUGUUUUGCUAAAGGUAAUUACUUAGUUGUCCAUGGGAAUAUAAGCAAAAAUAACUGUAGAUUGUUCCGUUUGUGAGAAUCCACUGAUGUAAUAUUAUUUAUACAACUGUUAAUAAAGAUCCCAACUGAUGCUGCAUUCUGGGCUCUGUGUUUCGUGAUACACUGAAGUCAAUAUCUGGAUACACUAAACAUAUGAUAAGUGUACCUUACAUCACUACUCUGUGACAUCAAAUUUGAGCUUGUGAAAUGCAUCAAAUUAUUAGCAAAGCGUUUAUAUCUUGGUUAAAUCAACCUGCCUCCGGAUCCAAAUGUUGAAUGUGGGAAGUUUAAUAUCACAAACAGACUAUUCAACUUCCAAACUGAAAAGUGCUUACUAAGUAGGUGCUCAUUAUUUCAAAAAGAAAAUUUUCUGAUGCUGUUGAACUGCUAAUUCAAACUGAAAUAUAGUUUCAGCAUUUUAACGGGAGUUUAGCAAAAUCGAUAUUUCGAUAGUACGUUUCCAU